CAAAUGUCAGGCUAUUGUAAUUAAAUAAUUUGUGAUGCAAUUCUAUACAUAUUUAUGUAUAUACAUAUGGGAUAGAGAUGAUGAAUAGGGAUUUGAAAAUGAAAAUACAUCAACAUCUUAUUAUGAUGUAAAUAAGUGAUAACGGUGAAACGAUAGUUCAACUAAACUUUUUGAAAGAAUGUUUACCUAAAUUAAUUUCUUUAAAUCGCAUCUACUCAAACUAUUGUUUUAUCUUUGUGGAAACUUAUGGAACAGAAGAGAUUUGGCUUCAACAUCUAUCACCAGUUUAUCUACAUAAUCUUGUUUACAAGAUGAAACUACUGUCUCUUUUGGUUCAGAAACACUGAACUGUUCGAUCAACCUUAAUGAUCUUCUUUCAGUAAAAAUUUAAAAUUGUGUGAAUUAUUUGCUGUAAAUAUCAAUGGAGCCAACACAUAUUCCAGUUCAAAUGUACCAGGUGGUCUAUCGGAAUAUUCUAUUGAUGAUGAUUUUAUGCAUAUGCAACCAACAUGUUUUCAAACUGAUCCUGCACAACCUGAUUUAAAUGGUUAUCAUUGGUUAAUAAUUGAUUUUGGUAUUCAUUUACAACAUAUAAAGGAAAUACGACUAGCACCAAAUCCAUUUCACAAAUAUUUCGCUACAAAACUCUCAAAUAUUGAUGUAUUUCUUAUACAAAGUGGUGAAUCAUUGGAAACCGAUGAAAUGUUAGCAUCAUUAAGACAAAUAAAUCACAGAACACCAAAACAGAUUAUGUGGAAUUCAAAAGGCAUUAAAUUUUGUCAAUCAACAGGUAAUAUUACAGCUGGUACUCGUGCUGCUACAAUAGAAUGUCCACAAGAAAUGGAUGCAAAGUGGUUAGCAUUACGUAGAACAGAUGAAUUGGAAAUUUGCCUUAUCAGUGUUUAUGUAAAGAAAGCUUAUGAAGAAUGCUUCAUACAGUAUUCAACAGAAGAACAAAAAAUAUGGCCUAUUUUAUCAGGUCAACCAUUUAGUUUUAUACGUCAUUUGUCAAAAUCAGCCUGUCGUGCUGGAUGUUCAAUCAAUAAAAAUUGUCAAGCUAUACGCUAUAGAAAAAUAAAACAUACUGGAGUCUGUGAACAAAUACGUGAUGUUAUACUUUCAGAAGGUCAUACAGGUGUCAUUCCAGAUGAGAGGAAUCCAGUUUUACAUGAUUCUUUACUAAAUUGUGAAUCAGAGAAUUGUAUGAUUGAAUUAAACAAAUGUCACUUAGGUAGAUUAGAAGAAUUACAUCAAGUUAGACAAUCUGAAGAAAAUGGCACCAUAACUUCAGUCUCUCAUUUGAACAAUGAAACAAAUAAUUUACAAAGUGAGAAUAGAUUCUCAUUAUGGGAAGUUGCAUCGAAUCUACAAAAGACUAAGGCUGAUAAUUCAAAUGAAUCAAAAUCUGAAUUCUUAUAUUCUAUUCAAAUGGAUGGUUAUUUAUAUUGUAGUAAAGCUGUUUGUGAUACAUUGAAAAUUUAUUCAAUGGAUAAGAAUAAUGAGGCGAUUCUUUGCGGUGAAAUCGAUUCACUUAUUGUGUCACAUUUAAAUAAAUAUUAUCUAUUCUGUCAAAAUAAUUAUCCAAUGGAUAAAUUAAAGUUUAUCCGUUUAGAGUGGAAUAAUAUGGGUAGAGAGAAGGCGGGUUAUUUAUAUGUGAAUAUUACACAAAUGUUUGUUAGAAUAACAAAAAAUACAAAAUUAUUCAAUGUGACUUUAAAUUCGAAUAUUAUUCCAAUGACAACUGAAUCAAAUAUGAUUGGUACAAAGAAUAUGCAGUUUGUUACUGAACAACAGUCUAAUCAACAUUUUGUAGAGGUGAAAGAGUAUGAUAAAAAUGAACAAUAUACAACUGAACAAUAUAAAGAACAAUUCAACGAGUUGAAAAAUGAAAAGGAAGAAGACGAAGUAAAAGAACAACACAAUCUUCAAGAAACAGAACUACUUCAACAAUACUAUCAACAUGAAAAAGGAGAAUUAGAUGAAAAAAGAAGAAGUGGAAAAUCAGAAAACCUACAUCAUAAAGAUCCGUAUACGGAUGAAGAAGAACAAUAUACUGAAAUGGAAGAAGCUAGUAUCCUUAAUGAAGAAAAUAGUCAUUCAGCUAACUGGUUGAAUACAAAUACUGAUUACACGGAAAAUGAAGAAGAUGAAUAUGAUACGUCGACACUGGAAUCAUUUGAUGAUCAAACAGUAGAAGGCGACCUAACAUAUGCAACAGAAAAUGAGUCGAAUAUACAAAUGACACACAUUCAUGAUAAAAAUAAUAUGCCGCCCAAACAAAAUUACUUAACUGUAACAACCACCGAAUCUUAUGAAGUUGUAGAACAUACUGAGACCAUUGAUAAUGUCGUUACCGAUUCAUGGGCUCUUCAACCAGACUCACAUAAAGACUUAGACAAAAAUGUUAAUAAUUAUCGGAACAAAAAUAUCACGUCAACAAAGCUAGGUGUACGUGAAGUGAGAAGAGAAAAAGACCAUGACAAUUUACAAAUAACUGGACAGCACCAUCGUAAUUUAGAAAAGAAAUCACUUCAAACAGCUCAAGUUCAUAAGCCUCCGAAAAAUAACUCCUCCUUAUCAUGUAGACAUCAAUUUAUUCUGACUUUUGCAAUUACAUUUCUUAUAUUUCAAAAGAUCUGGUGAAUUUCGUCGAGUGAAAUAGAGUGAAGUAACAUUGUUUUGUAACAAAAUUUGAGAAUAUCCAUUGUAUAACAUUUUCAAAUUGAAAUGAGGUUAUCUAUAUUUUUUUGUUUGGAAAUAGGAACAUAAUGGUUUUAUCAAAAUAUCACUUCAUUAUUCCAUAGGGGAACUUUUCAUAUAACUUUCUUUAUCAGGACUUGCCUUAUUCUCUUCUAAACACAAGUCUAUAUUAAUUAUUUGACUUCAAAAGAUAAUGAACACGAUCACGAGUUCAGUUGCACUUGAUACAGCCUUUUGUUCUUUCAAAUUUUUGACUGCAAAAUACAGGGAUUUAGGCCAUUUUUAUAAAUGAUGAUUAACUAUUUGUCGCUUACUUAUCGGCUUUUUGUUUUAUUAUUAAGCGCGACCCUAUGAAGGUCAGUUAUUCCGAAAGUUUUUUCUCUUUUCAUUAUGCAAAUUACCUAAAAGCUUAACUUAAAUUUCCUUUAACAUUAUCGUUCUCUUUUUUAAUAUACACUAAAGUGAUGAAAACAAAAAGUGUAUUCACACCCAUGAGUUUUCUAAAGAGACAUGAUGAAUAUCACAUACCUGCGGAUGGUUAUAAAUAUAACGUCCCCAGCUCGCUUAAUAAAUUGGGAGCUAUCGGUCUCAUCGCCAGAUAUAAAUAGUGUUGUUAUGUUAUUUAAACAUUGAACACGAAUUAUCAAAAGACUUCAGAGUAUUAGGAGUGUUUAAGGUUAAGUGGAUAACAACCGCUCAGACAUCUAGCAAGUGGUAGGAGAUAAUAAAAGCCAAUCAUUUUAAGCACUUCCAUUUGUAAGUAUUUACAAUCUCAGUUGAAGACAGAUUUUGGAAUAAUAACCUAUAACAUACUUGUUAGUGGAAACAAAUCGGUUUUAAUUAAUUAGUUAACGAAUAGCAAAUGAUAGAGAUAAUCUUUACGACUGUAUAUGAGGGAGGUGGUACGAGAUAUUUUAUAUUUUGUACACAUAGUUUGGAAUUCACUGCAUAUGUCGAAGUUUUAUGUGCUUUUUAGGUCUCUAGAUGCACAUUUAGCGUACAUUGUAUGAUUAUAACUUCGCAUUGAUUUUGUUUCGUAAGCUGCUGCCAGUACACUGUCAGUAUACUGUUUAUAACUCAAAACAACUGUCUUAAAAUGUUAAAUAGAAAAACAAACUGUUUCGGUUUUAGAACGUGCAUACUUUUAGUGCACUGAAAAUCAAAUACAGCAGAGUGAUCCUGGACAAACGAAUUUAAAUGAUUCUUCAUUCAAUUGAUAAAGCAUGAAAUAUUAUAACUGCAAAAAAACAAUCAGUUUCAAAAAUAUUUUUAGGGAUUUCUUUUAAUCCUCUGGAUAAACAACUCUUGGACAACAAGAUAGUGCUAGAACUAAGAUUUAAAUGCUUCGAGAAAAGAAUGAUAGUUUCUACUUUUAUCGGACUGCAUACUAGUAGAUGAUAGACGAUUAUAUAAUAAUCUACAUAAUAUCAUAUGCGAUUAUUUUGGGAAUUCGCUCUGAUAAUCAUGGAAGCUUAUUCCUGAUCAACUUCAAUAAGUAUUCGCAGAUUAAACCUGAAAGUAGUUGCUUACAAUGCAGACAGUACUUGCUUACCAAACAAAAGUACGCGUCACAUUCUGUGCUUACUAGGAUAUCUCAUAUAGCACUCUCGUAGUCCUAUUAUUGUGAUUGAGAUAGUGCUUUGGUAGACUAUAGUCUUUUAGACCUUUGAUUAAUACGAAGAAGUACUUAGGUUUUGAGGAUUAUCACUCAAAUUCCAGCCUAUGAUGAUGUUCAACCCACCUAAUCACCAGACACAGUUAACACAAAUAAGAGAAUAACAAGAGAGAUAGUGGAAAAUAAGCAGGAAAUUUUAACUGUUGUUAUUUGAAGGUGUACUGCGAAAUAAACAAACGAAAACAAUUUACAUAACUAAAAGAACAGUAGCACAUGUAGUGUUAACAAAAAGAUUACAUUAUCAUUCUGGUUUUUCCCAAGUGCUUCUUCCAAAUAUAAAAUAUAGAAUUUUCCAUUAGACACCUUCGUAUUUCUUAAUACCAUUUUCCAAGUUAAUCUUUUCAGUUCAUUCAGAUACAACCACCUUCCACUUGAUUAAAUUUGUUCUACAGUCAUAGUUCCAGAAAAGUAAUAGUGUAUUCGGUAACCUCAAAGGUGUUACAUUUUUUCGAGAUGAUCUCGUUACUCAUGGUUCUCAUAAAGGGGCUCAUUAUCAGAAACUUAUUGCUUUACUGCAUCGUUUGUUUGGGAAGAAUAUUCCCUUAAGUCCCCUUAAGUGUUUGUUACGUGUAUCUAAUUUUGAAUGUCUUGGAUAUUUAAUUAACGAUAAAGGUUUCAGAUCACACAUGACGCCACCAGUUCCAUUUAUAAACGCACUAUCUCAGAAAAAUCUUGCAGAACCCAUUUAGAUAGUUUGACUAGUCUGUGUUUUAGCUGAUAACUGUCAGGGAGUCUGAAUAUGUCUCUCACUAAAUUCUGUAGAAGUUCAAAAAUAUUUUAUAUAAUCAAGUAAUACAUAAAAGUUUUUCAGAGACAUUCGGAAAAAUGAAAUAUCACGAGUCAUUUUUUAUUGGAUAAUUACAUAUACCGUUACCAUGUUGGGUAUGUUUCCAGAAAGUUAUUAAAGACCUAAGACAAUCUCUUACGAGCUGACUGACAUGAUUUUUUCUUGUAAAGCUAGUUUAAUCUAAUGUUCGUAAAUUCCGUGUGAAUUUUUAAUCAGGAAACCAGCAUCGUUAAAUGACUUCGUAAAUAUAUAUUUGGAAAGAAACUCAUUAUUGUUGCAGAUCAUGAAACUCAUUGAGUUCAUUUAUCAUCCCAUAAAUUUCUGAGCACGUUACUCAGCUCCUAUCAUUCAAUGAUGAAGUAUUGCCCUGAGUGCUUAUUAUCACACAGAAGUUCCAAGUAAAUUCAAAAUGUUAACUACAUAUCUCAACAUUCAUCACAAGAAAAGCCUGUUGAUACUACAGACUGUUUAUUAGCGCAAUAUUUACAAAUAAAUCGUUUUUGGUGAAGUUUUGUUCUUUGAUCUGGAUGGUUUGGUUGUGGAGUUUUUAUCGUUAUUCUGGACAGCAUCAUCACAAACUUCAGGUAUAAGUAAAGUGUUUGAAUCUCUCCAUUUGUGGCUCACAGCUCGUCCUGUAGACCUCGAUCUUGAUUGGUUAUUGUUGACCUUUAACCUGUCAUUGUUUACUUCUUUAUUCUGAUUGCAUCUCCAGUUGAUUUGAUUCUUGGUCCUACAUUUGUUCAUGGUUUUUCUGAUUGGUUAUUAGGUCGGUGUAAGAUCUAUUUUGAAGGUUUUGUGUGUGAAAAUCCCUCCAUGUAUACAUUUCCAACUUGUUAUUAUUGACUCCUUCAGUUAUACAUUUUGUUAGUGUUUUUGAUUUCAUUCCAGAUGGUAAUAUUUUUGUUUCAUAAUAGUUUUUUUUAUUUUUCUUUCUCCUUCACUGAGUUUCCAUGUUUCUUCCUGAACAGCAUUUAUGUUAUCUUACCUGAUACUUUGUCUUGACUGCAGCCGUACUGAUUUGUUCCUCCUUUGGUUGUGUUGCUUGCAUUGACCGGAAGUGUGCAUUUUUGAUUGAAUUGAAGAACUCUUUCGAAAUUGGAAACACUGUGUUAUAAAGCGACCAAAUAUUAUCUUUCGAACAAAUCUGAUCUAUCCAGAAAGGAUAAAAUAACAUUUAUUUGUUGCUAACGGUAAUUUUCUUACAUACUUUAUCAACUCGUUUAUUUGUUUUAAUUUAGAUUAGAUUAAUUGAACAAUUAUUGGUGGAAUAACUGAGUGUUAAUAUUUGUUUAGGUAAUGAUGUACAUUUAUAUUUAUGAUGAAUAUUAGAACCGUUAUUUACCC